UGUAAAAAAAAAAAAAAAUAAAUCCGUAAUUUAUUAUAAGUUUUUGUUUGUUCGUGAAAAGAGCGAUUUUUCAUUGUGAAUGUUCUUUCAUCUCGAGCGACCCUACAAAUUAAUCUAUUAUAUAUAUUUGUAAAUUAUUUAUUAAAAAAAAAAUUAAGUGAUUCCCAACAACAUUUAUUAAAUUAUUUAAUAAAUAAAUGAAAAAUACAUAUAUAUCAAUGUGAAUACAUUUAUAUAUGUGAUAAAAUAUGAAUUAAGUGUGUGAAAGGAAAAGAAAAUCUAUAAAUGUUAAAGAGCAAAAAGCUAUUAUAUAUACAUAUAUAUGUAUGAGUUACAGCUAGCUAAACACAAGCAAACGAAAAAAAAAAGUUGAAGAAAAAAAAUCAAUUUUUUUUUAAGAAAUUCUUUUCUGUUUCAAUUGAGUGAAAUUAAUUAAUUGCAAAUUUUUUUUUUGUUUGUAGAAAAAUCUAUAAAUACAAAACAAACAAAAAAACUACUACUUUCUCUGUUGUAAAAAUAAAUUUUAUAUUUAUUACAUAAAAAAAUAAAAUAAAACGAGAGAGGAAAAGCUUUUUUCCUCACACAAAUCAUACAAGUGCGAUAGAGAUAGAGAAUCAAGCAAAACAAGGAAUUAAAAAAAGCUAACAAAAUAAAAAAUUCCCUGAGAAAAAAAAGUGAUUUCUUUUUGUGUGUAUUUGUGCUUGUGCAGUGCAAAACAACGGAUUCUUAUUCCAGUUUCAUCUGCAAUUUUUAUUCUUCAAGACGACGGGGUUUUUUCAAAAGCAUAAAGACCAUCGAUGCAGAAAAAAAUUGUUAACCAAAAUAUAAUAAAUAAUAAUAAUAAAAAUAAUUAUAAAAGAAAAAAACAAAUCGACAGACUGAUUACCAUAUAUACAUAAACAAAAAUUAUAAAUAUAUAUAAAAAUAUAAAUAUUUAUAUAUAUCUAUAUAUAUAGAGGCAGUUGUGAACAAACAAACAAAAAACAUUAAGAAAAAAACAAAAAACAAAAAAAAGAGCAAAACCCAGAGAAAUAAUAAAAAGAAAAAAAAAAAAAAACAGAAAACAGAAAACAAACAAAAAACUCUUAAUGGAAUUUAGUAUUUUUUCGUUGAUUUUAAUUACUUGUGUGUGAUAUAUAAAGUUAAGUAAUUUUAAAAACAAAAGAACUAUAUAAAAUAAUAACAAUUCAAUUUGAAAAAUAAUAAUACAAAAAAUAAUUCAACUCAAUUUAAUAUAAAAUUUAAUAAACAAAAAAAAAAGCUGACAAGAUGACAUACUCGCACAAUAAUAGUAGCAGUAAUAAAAUGUCGAUAAGAUAUGGCGGAAGUAGCAGUAGCAGCAGUACAACAUCAUCAUCUUCUUCAUCAUCAACAACAACAAAUCAUUCCAACAGUAUUGCCAGCAGUACAAAUUUAAGCACCUCACCCGGUUCAAUGUCGUCCGGCUCAUCGUCCAGCAGUCUAUCAUCGUCAUUAGGUGGUAACUCAUCCAGCAGCAGUCUCGGCAGCUGCGGCAUGGGUUCUGGCAGCAAUAACAACGGCGGCGGCGGUGGAUUCUUCUCCGCUCGCAAAAACAAUCAUUCGCCCCGAACUCAUGGUGGUUGGCAACGCCAUUCACCCGGUGGCAAUUCGACCUCAAGUCGCACCGGCGCCAAUAACUUGCUAACAUCCCCCGGUGGCAAUGAUUCCUUCUUUAACAAUCCAAAUCUUCGCCAGAAUAACCAUCAUCAUCAUCAUCAUCAUCAUUCGCACCAGAAGCAUGGAGGCAGCAGUGGCGGCGGUGGUCCCGGCGGCCAUCACCACGGCUCAGUCAAUUCGCGCCACAACUCACCGGCCACAAUCAUUGGCGGUGGUGGUGUUGGCGUUGUUGGAGGUGGCGGUGGGGGCGGCAGCGGCCGCAAAUCCAAUCGCAAUCAUCAUAGAAAUUCGAGUGGCCAUAAUAAUAACAACAACAACGGUAUUCAUAUCCUUUUGUCGUCGGCGUCAACGACUAUCCGCAAUGGCGGUGGAGGCGGUGUCUCCCCGACAACCCUUAUACCAACGAAUUUAACCCACUAUGCUGGUAGUAAGUGCUUCGAUGCACCAGCACCAACAGCUUUACCAAAGCCACCGCAACACUGGACAAUGGGCGGCAAGGAUGUUAUGCUAAGUACAAACUCGAUCAUUACUGAUCCCAAGAUGGUAACGUUUAAUACGUCGCCAUCGGCAAUGCUGGCUGCAGUUCCAACCGGAGUUGUUGUCAAGUCAUCGAAACGCAAUCUCCUCGAUGACUUUGAUACGCACAAUUUGAAAUUGUUGCUCAAUGUGCAAUCGUAACCGCCAUUUUUUAUUUUAAAUUAAAAAUAAUUAAAAUUAAAGAUGCAAACAAAAAAAAAAUGUCAAAAAAAAAAAAAACACUUAAGUUCAACAAAAAAAAAAAAAAAACAAGGAAUAAUUUUUUUUUUAGUUUAUUUUUUUUUUUUCAAAUUUUCAAAAAAAAUAAGAAAAAUAACAACAACAAUACGAUUUGAAAAAACAACAUCAAAAAUCAUGAAAGAAAAAAAAAAAUAAUGCAAACAAAAUAGUUUUUUCGCUUUAAAAUGGAUCUCCAAUUAAAAUUAACAAAAACAAAACAAAACUUCUCCUAUAUUCCCCUUAAAAAUAAACAAUUAAAAUUACAACAACAACUACUACUACUACCGCCCACCCAAACCAAACACCACGCCAUCCCCCCUUUUUUCUCCAGACAAAUUUAAAAACAAUGCAGCACAUUUUUUUCUAAAAAAUAUAAUAAAAUAGACAGAAACUAAAUAAAAAAAAAAAAA